AUGUGCCCAGUGGAAAUGCGUGCUUCUGUCCACCAGAAGGCGUGGGGGAACGUGUCCACAGCAGCCGUCUUCAUGGUCACCCACUCCGGAAACAACUCGCAAGUCCAGCGGCAGCAGAAGGGGAAAUGCACUGUGAUGUGUCCACACAGUGAGACAUUACACGGCAAGAAACAGGACCAGUGUACGGGCAGUAUAACCGCAGAGGCUUCUGCUGGUCAUGAAAAAGCAAAAGACCUGUUGUACAAAAACCACAUUCUGCAGGAAGGAAUUGCCAGCCUAAGACUGGAAAUAGAUGCAGUGAAAAGUCAGAACCUGGAAAAGGAAGAGAACUAUUUUGAGGACAUUGAAAUUGUCAAAGCAAAGAGUGAUGAUGCUCAAAAGGCGCUCCUCGGAAGAACCAGCGCUGCGUCCCAGCACCUCACGCUGGCAGGCACCGCUGCUGGCAGGCACCGCCACCCCUCCUGGGCCUGCUCGGCUCACAUCUGUGUGUCCCAGCCCAUGAGCUCCCUGCCUCCCCACCACUGCGCCUCUGAGCCUGGCAGGCACCGGACAAGCGUUGGGCAGGGCAGUGGGCGCACACCCACAGGCGUGUCACACCCGGGCUCCGCUGGGGGCGAGAAGCUGGUCACCUUGGGGGCUGCGCCGCCCACGGCCUGA